AGGCAGCUGCAGCAGAACAGCAGGUACCCCUGCCCCUCCCGUCUGACAUGGAGGCACAAGGCAAUCCCACGGUGGACAAUGCCGCAUCCAGGAGUCCACGUGAGGUGUGCAGUACGAACCCCAACUACGUCAGCAAGUGCCACGCCAGCAAGUGCCACAUCAGCAAGUGCCACAUCAGCACAUGCCACAUCAGCACGUGCCACGUCAGCAAAGUGCCACGUCAGCAGGUGCCACGUCAGCAGCAGGGCCAAGGCAGCAGUGCCGCGUCAGCCGACAAAGUACAGCCAACCACAGCUUAUGCUCCGACGCAGCAAACGCAUCGCAGCACGUGAAGGGCAGGCAGCUGCAGCAGAACAGCAGCUACCCCUGCCCCUCCCCUCUGACAUGGAGGCACAAGGCAACCCCACGGUGGACAAUGCCGCAUCCGGGAGUCCACGCGAGGUGUGCAGUACGAACCCCCUGGUCCCACAGGUCCAGCAGGAAGCUGUUCAUACCGCCGUUCUCCAAGCAUGGAAUUUUGAUCCGGCAGAGACGAACACGGAACCAACUGCGGAGGAACAGACCAAGUCAGCCCUCGCCAACAUCAUGCACCAAGUCAUCCUCACUUAUAACUGGCAACAAGUGGAGUUGGCUCGGCAGGCACAUGUCAUUUCUGAUUAUGAGGAGACUCUCAAGAGUCUCCAUUCCCCCCUUGACGUGCUGGAGAAGGAUGAGGUGCCGCACAGGCACACGGCUUCCUCAAGUACCGAUCCAUCGAUCCGCGAGCUGGAGGAACGAAUGGAUCACCUGGUGGCGCAACGACCGGCGACCAUCAGCCAACAAAUAGCCGCCUUACAAGCGGACCUGUGUCAGCUGCAGCAGCAACCAACCGGGACCUGCAACAGUGUGACGUCCAAGCAGUACAAGAUGCCGAAGUUUAGCAUCGACAAGUUUGAUGACUACCACAAGGCGGACCGGCAAGGGCUCACCAACGAGCUCUCCAUUCACUUGGUCCAGCCAGAAUCAAAGAUCUUAGCUCUUUACCUUUGCAGCACCGGUGCCAGCCAAGUGUGGCUCAACCACCUGGCACAAACCGAAGGCGUCGAGGUCGCUAAGCUCUACACCAAUAUCACUUGGGAGGGCAUGACCGAGAAGUGGUGGAAACGUUUCACCGUCGGCGAAGCUCAAGGCAAAGGCGCGAACCGGAUCUUCAGCAUGCAUCAAGGCAGCCAGUCAACACGAGAAUGGCUAACCGAGUGGCAGAAACUUGAGACGAUUCCGAACCUGGAUAUACCAUUCGUGCAUCUUUGUCGCGAAUUUUUCCAGCAGUCGGUCGAUGCAUUGAGCACCACCCUCGGGGAGUGCAGCCUGUACACGGACUGUGACCAGAUCGUGGACAAGGCGCGCGAAGUAAUCCAAACAAAUCGGUGGGCUGCCAACGAGCGGCAAAGCCAACAGAACUUUGUGGAGAAGGGCAAAGGCCCACGGACGCAGCCAGUCGCUGCUGUCCAACUUGAUGGACAAGAGGACGACCAGGCGCUAACUCACAAGUCUAGUGAAGGAGAUGGAGUUAACGCCCUUCCACCACGACCCAACAACAAGAAGAAAAAGGCGAAAUCCGCGUCAACGACGGAAGCCGGACAGCCGAACGAGCCGUGGAAGAAGUUUCACCUCACGGAGGAGCAAUACAAGCUCCGCCAGAAGUGGAACUGUUGUUAUUGGUGCAAUAGCACCAAGCAUACGACGCUUGAGGACCUUGACCCAUUGACGCCGAAGGACUUCCAAUGGAUGCCUCUUCCCCCAUUUGGUUCCUUGCCGAAGCUGCAUUGCAAUGCCUUAAUGGCAGAACUGCGCAACUACUUGCACGCUGCAGUACCAACUCCGGUGAUGGAAGACGGAGUAGUGGUUGUUGACCUUCGUAAGUACAUUGCAAAGAUUGACCGCGAGUACACCACUCAACGGUACGAUAACAUCGACGCACCGUUACUCUACGUCCGCAUUCAGAUCAGGAAGGCGACCUGCAGCGCCUUGAUUGAUUGUGGAGCUACUCGCAACUACAUCUACCAAGACUUCAUGGCACGUGCCGGCCUUGGGUCGCGCGUUCGAAGGAAAUCGCAGCCCACGCAAGCCACGUUGGUCGACGGUCCUACGCACAAGUCCAUGGACCGGUGCGUUGACUCCGUCCCCGAGAACUUCGGCCCGCAUGCACGCGAGGCCGUGUCCUUUGACAUAUUGGACACAGAGUUCGACAUGAUUUUGGGCAUGUCAUGGCUGCGCAGCGAGGACCACCCGGUGAACGUCUACCGCCACACCGUUCACGUUCGUGACCGGAAUGGGGUACUUGUUCCAUGUACGGUCCCCCCACCUCACCCUUCGAUUGGUUGUCACGUGCUGUCCGCAGCAAGCAUUCACAACUCCACACGGAACGACGUGGAGGAAAUGGGCAUUUGCUUCUUGCACGCCCUCCCUCCUCCCGACGCACCAGCGGCGGAACAGCCACCGGAUCCACGUAUUGUCGAGCUUCUUGACUCCUAUGGCGACAUCUUUGAAGCCCCCGCCGGAAUCGUACCGAAUCGGCCAAUUCGGCACGAGAUCAUCCUCGAAGACGGGGCCGUACCUCCGCACGAAUGUAUUGAGCGAGGAGGAACUCGAAGUGCUACGAACGCAACUCGAUGACCUCAUUGACAAUGGCUUGCCCUAGCUGCUCGCUCUACGGUGCACCCGUUCUCUUCGUUCGGAAGAAGAACAAGGAGCUGCGCUUAUGCAUUGACUAUCGUAAGCUUAACGCU